AUGACUCCCCAAGGCGUAACCAUCAACCCCGCCUCCACCUCUAACAUGGAGCCGGCCGCGGCCACAGACAACUCAGUGCCGAAGCUCGUAGCCAACGGCCUGAGCAGCACCCAUUUCUCCAUGUCGACUAGACCAGGUCUCAGCCCCUUCUCCUCCAAGGAAGGGUCUGGCACUGGAACCCCGACCACCGGCUUCCAGAGGCCCCCCCUUAUCAAUAAGCAGCUGGAGAUGGUGAUUCGCACCCCGGGGCGUCAGCCGUCGCCUCAGCCGACACAUCUGGGUAUCCCCGGUGGCACGCAUCGUGUGCUGUCCGAGGAGGGGCCGGGGUAUGUUGCGGCGAAGUUCGAGGGGAAGAAGAAGCAGAUGGAGGCUGUUAUGGAUGAGCUUGAGGAAAAGGGAUUCAUCCCCUCAGAGUUUGUCCCGUCAGAAACCAAUUGGUUUUACAACAUGCUUGGCAUUGACGACAUGUACUUCCAGACUGAGUCGGUCGACGCGAUCGUCAGUCACAUCCUGUCACUCUAUGCUGCCAAGGUUGCGGCAUAUGCCCGGGAUGAUAAGCGUCUAGAGAUACGAUUGGACAAGGAAGCUCCUGAUCAUGCCGUGUACAUCGACACUAGCAAGCCAGGGAUCAGUGCUUUCGAUGGUCCUCGCUACGAGCAGCGCAUCGACGAGAAAUACAUCAACGGCUGCACCCCUAAAAAUGCGUAUCGCGUCGAAACGUUCCGCUCUGCUAGUUCCUUACCAGAUAACCAUGAGCAGCAGCUUCGUUGCUACUUCGUCUACAAAUGUCACUUCAACGAGCCCCAUCCAGACCCGGAAGAGACCAACAUUGAAAUUGUUGGAGAGAAGCGCUUCUUGCAAAAGGCCACCGCGAACACGAAGGCCAUCUACCAGGAAAUCAUCAUCAAUGCUGUUGCACGUUCGGGUCCUGUUAUCGAAAUGUUUGAAAUUGAAGGCUCUCGCGAGAAGAGACUGGUUAUUGCUUAUCGCCAGGGAUCCGCUAUGGGCAUGUUCAGCGCGCUUUCUGAUCUCUACCAUUACUACCGCCUGACAAGCUCACGGAAGUAUCUCGAAAACUUCUCCAACGGCAUCACUGUGGUAUCCCUCUAUCUCAAGCCAAUGGCAGGUGCUGAAAUCUCUGGGAAACAUCCACCCAUCGAAGCUGCUAUUCACCAAAUCAUGAAGGAGAUUUCUCUGCUCUACUGCAUCCCUCAAAACAAAUUUCAGGGCCACUUUGCCAGCGGCCUUCUCAGCUUACAGGAGACCAUCUACGCUCACUGCGUCUGGGUGUUUGUGCAACAGUUCCUGAACCGCCUGGGAUCCGAAUAUACAUCCCUCACCGCAAUCCUCGACUCGAGCAAUAGCUCCCAUGCAGAACUCCUGGCAAAGAUCAAGAAGAGACUCCGUACCGAAACUUUCACGUCGGACUAUAUCCUUGAAAUCAUCAACAAGUAUCCCCAGCUCAUCCACAAGCUUUAUCUUGAUUUCGCACAGACCCAUUACGUUCAGAUGGUGGAGGGUGUCCCCGAUGACUUCCUGCCAACGCUGAGUUACCUGCGAUUGCAAGUCGAUGAACCCCUGGAUCAAGAGGGACUUGACAAGCUCGUCUCCAAGACAGUCGUCAGCGAGAAUGACGAGAUGGUCAUGAACUCAUUCCGCAUCUUCAACAAUGCAGUCCUCAAAACCAACUUCUACACCCCUACGAAAGUUGCCCUGAGCUUCCGGCUCGCAGCAGACUUCCUGCCGGAACACGAGUAUCCCCAGCGCCUGUAUGGAAUGUUCCUGGUCAUCAGCUCUGAGUUCCGCGGUUUCCACCUGCGCUUCCGUGACAUCGCGCGUGGAGGUAUCCGAAUCGUGAAGAGUCGUGACAAGGAAGCGUACGCUAUCAAUGCUCGAUCGCUCUUCGACGAAAAUUACAACCUGGCCAAUACCCAGCAGCGCAAAAAUAAGGAUAUCCCAGAAGGAGGCGCCAAGGGCGUCAUCUUGCUCGAUGUCAAUCACCAGAAUAAAGCUAGAGUUGCGUUUGAGAAGUACAUCGAUAGUAUCCUCGACCUUCUCUUACCACCGGCUAGUCCUGGCAUCAAAGACCCCAUUGUCGACUUGCACGGACAGGAUGAAAUCCUCUUCAUGGGCCCCGAUGAGAAUACGGCAGAUCUGGUCAACUGGGCUACAGAGCAUGCUCGCAAGCGCGGUGCGCCUUGGUGGAAGUCCUUCUUCACGGGCAAGAGUCCCAAGCUGGGUGGUAUCCCCCACGACAGAUAUGGCAUGACCACUCUAUCUGUCCGCCAGUAUGUGCUUGGCAUCUACCGCAAGCUAGGGAUCGACCCAUCAACCGUUCGAAAGAUGCAAACCGGUGGUCCGGACGGUGACUUGGGCUCCAACGAGAUCCUCUUAGGUAACGAGAAAUACUGCGCUAUCGUUGAUGGGUCCGGAGUCAUUGUCGAUCCGCAGGGUCUAGAUCACGAUGAACUAGUCAGACUAGCAAAGAAGCGCGCCAUGAUCGUUGAAUUCGACAAAUCCAAGCUGUCACCUGAGGGUUACCGUGUUCUCGUCGACGAGAGCAACGUCGUUCUACCCAGCGGUGAGGUGGUGCACAACGGCACCGUAUUCCGCAAUACUUUCCACUUGCGCGAGGGGCGGUCGUUUGACAUGUUCGUUCCCUGCGGCGGGAGACCAGAGUCCAUCGAUCUUAGUAACGUGUCCAGAUUGAUCGAGAAUGGCAAGACGACUAUCCCGUACAUCGUCGAGGGUGCCAACCUCUUCCUGACACAGGAUAGCAAGCUCCGUCUCGAGAAAGCGGGGUGCGUGAUCUUCAAAGACGCCUCCGUCAACAAGGGCGGUGUCACCUCUUCUUCGCUCGAGGUCCUCGCUUCCCUCUCCUUCGACGACAAGGGUUUCGAAGAAAACAUGUGCGUGCGCGAGGAUGGGACCAUUCCGAAUUUCUACGUCGAGUAUGUGCGCGAGGUGCAGGAGAUUAUUCAGCGCAAUGCGCGGUUGGAGUUUGAGGCUAUCUGGCGCGAGCAUGAGGAGACGGGGAUGCCUAGGAGCAUGCUUAGUGACAAGCUUAGUAUCGCUAUUACAAAGUUGGAUGAGGAGUUGCAGAAGACGCAGUUGUGGGAGGAUCGGGAGCUGAGGAAGGCUGUGCUUAGGGAUGCGUUGCCUAAGCUGCUUUUGGAAAAGAUUGGGUUGGAGACCAUUUUGGAGAGGGUCCCCAUCAGUUACUUGCGCUCCAUCUUCGGAAGCUACCUUGCCAGCCGCUUCGUUUACGAGUACGGCAGCAGCCCGAGCCAGUUUUCAUUCUUCGAUUUCAUGAGCAAGAGAUCAGCGAAACUCCUAGAGGAGAAACAGAAGCAAUGA